AUGAGCGACAACGGAAUUACAGGAGCAUCUCCGCAAGGCCGCAUAGUUAAGAUAUGCCUUACUGGAGGGCCAUGUGGUGGAAAGACAUCGAUACAAGUGGCAUUAUGCGAUAUGUUUGAGAAUCUCGGCUGGAAAGUAUUCAGAGUGCCUGAAACUGCGACCAUCUUGCUUGGUGCCGGUGUUUCUUGGUACGACCUUACCGGUGAAGAAGCAAAGCUUUUUCAGAUGCAUCUUUUAAAAGUGAUGCUUAACAUUGAGGAUACAUUCACUUCUGUAGCUAGUUCUAUGAUCAAGCGUGGGCUGAACGUGCUCAUUCUCUGCGACAGAGGCACUAUGGAUCCAGGUGCGUAUAUCCCGCGUCCAGAGUGGAUCUCCAUUCUUUCCGAACUAAAUAUGGAUGAGUUGCUCCUCAGGGACCAAAGAUACGAUCUUGUGCUUCAUCUUAUGACGUCUGCCAUUGGGGCAGAAAAGUUUUACACAAUGGCGACCAAUGAAGCGCGAUACGAAAGCCUGGAAAAUGCCCGUGAUGUUGACAGAGCCCUCGCAAAUGCCUGGGUUGGGCACCCGAACUAUGCACUAAUUGACAACUCUACCGAUUUCGAGACGAAAAAAUUGCGUGCAUUCGAAGCAAUCCUAACACGCGUCGGGCUGUCGGAUACUCGUUUUGGUAAAGGAAUUGUCAAGAAAAAGUACCUUCUCAUGCCAUCUGCAGCAACAUCCGUAGAUAAGGGGUUGGCUAUCAAAACACCUGCCUCUUAUGCGUCCAUAGACGAGGCGGUGGUCUUUCCAGCAGAAAUUUCGUUCAGAGACUUUGAUGUGCGCCACGACUAUUUGAUUUCUACGGACGACUCGACCACCAGAAUAAGAAGACGCGGCUUCUCUUCUUCCUCUUCGUAUUCGAUCACUCAGCAAAAGACUGUAAACGGCGAGCGCGUAGAAGUGCGAAGGAUUCUUUCUCCAAAAGAAUACGAGCUAUUUUUGUCGCAAACGGAUCCUUCCCAUUGUCCUAUCAUCAAAAAACGCAGAUGUUUCCUGUGGAAGGAGCGUUACUAUCAGAUAGAUCUCUUUGAAUCACCAAAUCCAGGGCUAUUGCUUUUGGAGGCUUAUGUUGUUCCCUCUCCAAACUGCACAACGGAUAGCGAAAAAAAGGACCUUCCGCCUUUCCUUAAUGUUUCCAAAGACAUCACGGGCGAAAAGGCCUAUUCUAUGUUCCAUCUUUCGAGCAUCUAG